CAGGGAUCUGCGGUGCACAGCAUGUAUGUGAGAGCUUUACAGUAAAAUGUUUGGAGUCGACGCUCUGCAGUAAAAACUCAGAGGGGUUAUGUUGCUCAUGACUUCGUAUUUGAACUCCAGUGAGAAAGAGAAAGGCUAAAGUGUGAACCAGUCAGAUUUCACUGCACGAUCAUCUGUACAAUAACAGCCAGCAGGAUGAACAACCAUCGAACCACUGAACUGACUGAUCAUGGAGCAGCGAUCGUCCACUCUCCCACGCCUCCCACAGGUCGAGGAUCACACAGGGAGGAGGAGGAGGAUGAGGGCGAUCUGAAUAAAACUCUGAGUGUUCAGAGAUUCCAGAACAUUCUCAGCCCCACUCCCAGAAUGCCGAGUGAACAGCAGCGCUCAUACAGCGAGGAGGAUUUCGAAUUCCAUCGUCAGUCGUCGCGUCAUGUCCGCCACCCUCUGUCCAAACUCCACAGUGACAGCAGAAGAAAGAGGAGCGGGAAGAAGAGGAAGAGGAGUAAAGAGGCGACAGCAAGUGUGGAUGUGCGUGAGGUGGUUGAGGAGGCUGAGGAAGAGGAGGAUGACGAUGAAGAUGAAACUCCAGAGAGUCACACAGCAGAAUCAGACAUGAAAGAGACUGUUCAGUUCUUUGUCUCUGAUGAUGACCCUCACCUCUCAACUCUGGACAGCUCUGAAAGCGUUAGUUCUCCUCAGACAGUCCACACAGUUCCUUCUGGUACCGACACAGUCACUCCUGAAGUGGUACCUCUCCCCAGUGAAACCAUUUCACUCACUCACGUGUCCUCAGUGAGCCGUAGCUACGACCUCCAGGAGCGCCGCCGAACCGGGAACAUGACGGGAACUGAACAAGCGAAAUACCAGCGCAUCCCUACCGAUGAGAUGGAGGCACAAACGCUUGCCUCUGCUGACUUGGAUGGCAUUAAGAGUCACCGGUUUGAGGAUGUUCCAGGUGUGCGGAGACACCUGGUCAGGAAAAGUACUAAAGGUCAGAUUGUACACAUUAGUAAAGACCAUAAAGAACCCAGCACACGGAACCGCAAACUGGACCGCACUCCGCAUGAGGUGUUUGUGGAGCUGAAUGAGUUAAUCAUGGAUAAGAAUCAGGAGCUGCAGUGGAGGGAAACAGCACGCUGGAUAAAGUUUGAGGAAGAUGUGGAAGAGGAGACGGACCGCUGGGGAAAACCACAUGUUGCUUCGCUCUCAUUCAGGAGCCUUCUGGAGCUUCGAAAGACCAUCUCACAUGGUGCGGUUCUGCUUGAUCUGGAUCAGAAAACCCUGCCAGGAAUCGCUCAUCAAGUGGUGGAACAGAUGAUAAUUUCUGACCAGAUUAAAGCAGAGGAUCGAGCCAACGUCUUGCGUGCUCUGCUGCUCAAACACAGCCACCCGAGCGACGAAAAAGACCACACUUCCUUCCCCAGGAACAUUUCAGCCGCCAGCCUGGGCUCCCUCAUGGCCCACCACCACCACCAUCACCAUAGCAACAGCACUGGUGGCCAGGCAGAGCCUUCAGUCACUCAGCCGCUAAUGAGUGGCACCGCCACCAGGACAGACACAGUACUGCACAUGGAGACAGACAAAAAUGAGAAAGAUGCUGGUCCUGUUGGAAUGCACAGAUCCAAAUCCAAACAUGAGCUGAAACUGCUGGAGAAGAUUCCAGAAAAUGCAGAAGCAACUGUUGUGCUUGUGGGCAGUGUUGAUUUCCUGGAGCAGCCCACCAUGGCCUUUGUGCGUCUGCAGGAGGCUGUGGAGUUAGACUCUGUACUGGAGGUUCCGGUUCCUGUGCGGUUCCUCUUCGUUCUGCUUGGACCUCCCAGCACCAGCAUGGACUACCACCAAAUCGGACGGUCCAUAUCUACGCUUAUGUCUGACAAGUCCUUCCACGAAGCAGCUUAUCUGGCAGAUGACCGGCAGGACCUUCUGAACGCCAUCAACAGUUUUUUGGACUGUAGCAUUGUGUUGCCCCCCUCAGAGCUGGGCGGAGAAGAUCUCCUUCGAUCUGUGGCUCACUUCCAGAGGGAGAUGCUCCGCAAAAGAGAAGAACAGGAAAUCAGUCUGCUUGCCAAAGAACCCAAGAGCCUGGAGGAGAAAGAGGCUCUUUUAGCUCCAUUUAAGCCUGAGGACGACCCUCUUCAGCGUACAGGCCGGCCAUUUCGGGGGCUAAUCCGAGACGUGCGCCGCAGGUACCCAAAGUACCUCAGCGACUUUAAAGAUGCUCUGAACGCACAGUGCAUGGCUGCUGUCAUCUUUAUCUACUUUGCUGCUCUUUCUCCUGCUAUAACAUUUGGAGGGCUACUUGGAGAGAAGACUGAGGGGCUGAUCGGUGUAUCUGAGCUGAUUGUGGCCACAUGCAUCCAGGGUGUGCUCUUCUGCCUGCUCGGGGCACAACCACUGCUGGUGGUGGGCUUUUCCGGACCACUGCUGGUCUUUGAGGAAGCCUUCUUCUCUUUUUGCAAGAGCAAUGGACUGGAGUACCUGACAGGUCGGGUUUGGAUUGGAUUCUGGCUUAUUAUCAUCGUAGUAGUCAUGGUGGCCUUUGAAGGAAGCUUCUUGGUUCGCUUUGUCUCCCGUUUUACUCAGGAGAUUUUCUCUUUCCUCAUCUCCCUCAUCUUCAUCUAUGAAACCUUCUCUAAACUCAUCAAGGUAUUUCAGGAACAUCCUCUGCAGCGCUGCUUUUGUGGAAAUGGCUCCGUGGUGAAUGAGUCCGAGAUCUCUUCUGUAGAGAACUUCACUUGGAGCCCUCAGGCAGCCAAUAGCAGCUCAGCAGUGAAAGUGAAGAUGGAGGCAGAGCCAAACACAGCUCUGCUGUCUCUGGUGCUCAUGUCUGGAACUUUCUUCAUCGCAUUCUACCUGCGCAAAUUCAAAAACAGUGCCUUUUUUCCUGGCAGGCUGAGGCGGGUAAUUGGAGAUUUCGGGGUGCCAAUCGCCAUCCUGGUCAUGGUGCUGGUGGACUACAGCAUUCAGGACACAUACACACAAAAGCUGAGCGUUCCUAGUGGUUUCUCCGUGACAAGUCCAGAUAAGCGUGGUUGGGUGGUGAAUCCUCUGGGCUCUGAGGUCCAGUUCCCCAUCUGGAUGAUGGCUGCCAGCGCCCUGCCAGCUCUGCUGGUCUUUAUUCUGAUCUUCAUGGAGACACAGAUCACCACGCUGAUCGUUAGUAAGAAGGAGCGAAUGUUGAUUAAAGGUUCUGGGUUUCAUCUGGACCUGCUGGUCAUCGUGGCUUUAGGUGGAACCUGUGCGCUGUUCGGACUACCCUGGAUGGCUGCGGCAACGGUCCGCUCGGUGACCCAUGUCAACGCCCUGACUGUCAUGAGUAAAGCUGUGGCCCCUGGAGACAAACCGCGCAUCCAAGAGGUCAAAGAGCAAAGAGUCACUGGACUGCUGGUGGCCAUUCUUGUUGGUCUGUCCAUAGUGAUUGGAGACCUCCUGCGGCAGAUCCCCAUUGCUGUGCUGUUUGGGAUUUUCCUCUACAUGGGUGUGAUGUCACUGAAUGGAAUCCAGCUGACUGAGCGCAUCCAACUGCUUCUGAUGCCUCCAAAAUACCACCCUGACCACAUCUACGUCCGCAAGGUGCGGACCCUGCGCAUGCACCUGUUCACAUUGGUGCAGUUGGUGUGUUUGGCGGUUUUGUGGGCGGUGAUGUCCACUAAAGCCUCGCUGGCCUUCCCCUUCGUCCUCAUCCUCACUGUGCCCCUGAAAAUGUUCCUCUUACCACGAAUCUUCACCACCCGUGAGAUGCAGUGUCUGGAUGCAGAUGAUGCGGAACCAACAUUUGAUGAGAAAGAGGGACAGGAUGAGUACACAGAGAUGCAUAUGCCAGUGUGAGAUUCACCUGCAUCCAUCUGUUCUCUUUCCCUCCAUCCAUCUCUCCUUCUACCCAUCUAUCCAUCUCGCCCUCUAUCCACAUUCCCUCCGCCCAAGUCUCCACCCGUCCAUCUCUCGCUCUGUCCAUCUAUAAGACAUUCCGUUUUAACCUGUGUGACUCUCAGUGUUCAAAAAUCCUGUUUGAUUUUAAACUUUUUUGGUUCUGAGUAAAUCAGUUUUAGACCAAUCUUAACCAAAUGUAGGUUAUAAUGAUUUAUGUGUUAACCGGAGAUUUAUUUAUACAUCUUUUGUAUGUCACUUUUAUUGGAGCAGUAUAGAAUUUAGAGUAUUUCAAUUUAGUGUAUUUAAUUAUAAUCUCAUUAUAAUGAGAUUAAAGGGUCAACUGAAGGUGUCUGUGUGGGAGUGAGUGUGUGAAUCAGUAAGCUCUGUUUGUGUGGAUGAUCGAUCUUUUUUGGCUGAUGUUAUUUAUACUGUAGAUGCUGCAUUAUCUGUGUACACUGUUGCCAACAACAACAUUCCCCCUAUUCAGCUCAUCUGUUUAAAUUUUUUUUUAAAUUUUAAAUUCUUUUGAAAUGGAAGAUCUUGUUGGUGAUGCUGGUGAAACUUCUGUCAGUCUGAUUGAUGACAAAGCUGAAAAAUUACACUGCUUUAAGAUUUUCACUUUUAUUUACAGACAUUCCCAACAUUCUCAACAGUCUCUCAGAUAAGGAAGUAGCAGCUCAUAUUUAGCAGCUAAAACAACUAAAACCUCCCAUUAAAGGGAGUGUUAAAUAAUUAAAUUACAUUUUCAAUCACAUUCUUUUAUGUAUAUAAUUUUAUUAGAAGUUAAAUAAAGCAUGCUGUUACUGAAAUAACCAUUCCAUAUCAUCUAUUAUACUGAGUGGAGAACUAUGACUAUUAAAGCUGGGCCUUUAGUUCAGGUCAUAAACAAAAACACUUCUACAAUAAUUCUAAUUUCUGCUAACCGCUAUGAGAUUUCUAAUAGUAUGUCAGAAUGACACUAAUGCUGGUGCACAUUUUUUGUCCACUCAUUAAACACAGACAUUUGAAGCUUCCAUUUUAUGUUAAGCUUUUAUCAGACAUUAAUAUAUAUUUAAGCUUAUAUGUCUCAGUUUUACAGUGACUCCUGGGCUAAAGCUGCCACUGCUGUCUUCAUUUCUAAUAGCUGACUGAAACCUGCCUUACACUAUGGCUCCUAUUCACAGUCAGUCAAUCUGGAACGGUCAGAGAGACUGGCAGUGGUUAAACUAAUGUGGAAGGCCUUGUCUAGCUCCUGAACUCCCAACCAAUGGGAGAGCUGCUACCCAGAAACCACAGAAAACACAACUUUGACUGAAUUCUUCAAAAAAAUUUUUAUUUCAAACUUUAUCAAUAAAAUAAUAAGUAUUAUAGAGCUUACAGGGUACAACACUUACAUGCAUGAUGAUUGUAUUUUAAAAAAAUAAACAAAAAAAAUACAGACCUGGGAAAUUUAACUGUUCAGGCACAUGAUCCAUUAAACUGAUCCAAACUGUAAUCUUUCCUUCUCAGCACUGUGGCCAAAUAUGUACUUAGUAAUUUUAUAAUAUAUUAUUUUUUACUGGAAACUUUGUAUGGAAAAUCAUAUAAUGUUGAGAGUUAAAUAUUACACAGAAUGUUUUGGUUAACUUCCCACUCUGGGUUGAAUUAUUUUUUAACAGCACUUUGUGCCUCAUAUGAACAAACCACUGUGUGCUUCUUUAUUUCAUUCUCUUCAGAGUCUGUAGCUCUUACUGUAUGCACUAUAUUCUUUUUUAUCAAAUAUGUCCUGACAGUAAACAGCAUCGGUUCAACUGCUAGCUGCCAAUUUGAUUCAUAUUUUUAUAAUAAUAAAAUAAUUGGUUGGUACUACGACUGGAAUAAACACUUAUGAUAUCAUCUGGAUUUGUAAUAUAUAUUACAAGACCAUUUUAGAUUUAACAUUUCUUAAGAAUGAAUAGAUACUUGAGAAAUUUUAGUGGGGUAAGAAUACUUUUCAUUUUAUUUCUGUAUUCAUUAAAAUGCUUUCUUGUGUAAAAGUGCCCUUAUAAACAUGAAUUACUUAUUUAUAACAUGCUGUAAAACAGUUGUUUAAGAUAUUAAAGUAACAAGUCACUAACUAUACAAUAAAUGAACAUCAUGAUAGCUUUGCUCAUGCUAACACUCAUGAAACAACUCUGUGUAGAACACAAUCUUGUUUUAUUAAAAUAGUUUCUUGUGUAAGUUAUUAUGGUAUGUAAGUUAUUAAUAAGUGUGCAAGCAUUCCUGUUACUCUUUCCUUUGUAAUCGGGUACGCGCUAUGGAUCAUAACGUCAGUAAAGUGGAGUGUUUAGAAAUAGAUCUGCUUUACUUAUUUAUCUGAUUCAUUACAGGGUUUAUCUACAUAAUCAUCAUAUCUAUUCAUUUCAAUUAAUAACAAAUCAAAACGGAUGAGAUGUGACUGACUGUGUGAAAAUUGGUGUCAGGUCUGAUUGUAACGAAUAAAAUCUGAUUGUCCUGUGGUGAGAUGAAUGAAUAUGGGCCUUCCUGUUGGGUUUUUUGUUUGUUUGUGGAUAUUACACUAUAAGACAUUCAAUGCCACUUCUAUAUUUCAGAGCUUUAUUUUGAAUCUUUAGCAGUAUUAUUAGUUAUUAGAUAUUUUUGAUUUGUAUUAAAGGGGAAUAAAUGAUUUACUGCUCUACUACAGCACAUUGAUGUGUUCAGACUUUAAAAAAAUAUAUGUACAGUAUUUCCUGCAAAGAUUAAAUUUUGAUGUCAAAUAAAUACAUUUUUCUA